UAAACUGAUUAGUAGUGAUUAGAUUAAUCAUCAAAAAAACGUACUGCUGUCUUCCUUUACCAUCAACCGCCUUUAUUUUCAAAGUUCUAUAAAUUAAAUUGAACAAAGCUUUUCAGAAAUGGUUUAACAUGUAACAACGAUAACAAAAAACGAUCAUUUUCAAUGGAUAGCAAAGAAAUUGACUGAACUAUGGCAGAUUCAAUUUAUAGUAAAGUGGACGAGUAUGGAUUUCAAAGAGGUGAAGACUUUGAUUAUAGAGUAUAUGGUAUAUUUAUGUCAGAAUAUAUUCGGACCUUAACAAGAAGAGCGCAGAGGUGGAAUGUCGUUUUUAAAGAUAACAAAUUUAAGAGGAGUGGGAUCUUAAAAAGGUUCAUAAGGAAAGGAAUUCCAGCUGAUUUAAGAACCAUUUGUUGGAUGACUGUUUCAGGGGCUGAAAGAUUGAAGAAUGAAAGCCAGUUAAACUAUCAGUUGUUGAAACUGAAAUACAGUCAUCAGGUGAUAGAGGUAAUACAAAUCGACUUACCUCGAACAUUUCCUGAUAAUAUUUACUUUGCAAAUAAUGAGGGGUAUUCAGAUAUGCUCUAUAACAUAUUAUCUGUUUUUGCACACCAAAAUUCAGAAGUUGGAUACUGUCAAGGCCUGAAUUAUAUUGCAGGGUUAUUAUUAUUAGCUACAAAACAUGAAAUGGUUACAUUUUGGCUGCUCAAAACAUUAGUAGAAGAAAUUUUACCAAAGUAUUAUAUUAGAACAAUGACAGGAUUAUUGACUGACUUUGAUGUCUUAAAUGAAAUAGUUCAAAAAUACGAACCUCAAAUACAUAGACAUAUCCAAAAUAUUGGCAUGCCAUGGGCUAUGGGCACAACGAAAUGGUUUAUAUGUAUAUAUGCCGAUGUUUUACCCACCGAAACAGUUCUCAGAGUUUGGGAUUGUCUGUUUUAUGAAGGUUCAAAAAUAUUAUUAAGGGUGGCAUUAGCUUUAAUUCGAAUCCAUAAAGAAGCCAUUCUUCAAACCAGUGAUUUAAGUGAACUGAUGUCAGUAUUUAAAAAUAUGAAGAACCAUCCAAGAGUUAUAGAUUGUCAUGGGUUUAUUCGUGAUAUAUUUAACCUAUCCAGUAAACUGUCCAGUAACAGAAUAGAAAAAUUAAGAUUAAAACACCAAAAAUAAGACCAGAAAAGGGUUUUCAUGCAACUAUAUAUGUAUAUAAUCUAGUCAACAAUUACAUCCAGCAUAUGUACAAGAUAUUUUCAAUAUAAUUUAUAUUACAUUUCUAAUGUUAGCUGUUUUUGAAGC